UGAUAUCCCAAUUGUGAAAAAUACAACACGGUUUGAAGAUUGUGUUGGCAUCUUCCUCCAAAAUCCAGUCAGUCCUUUCACUCUCUCUUUGCAAAUAUAAAGGCUCUACAUCAAGUUUGGAUCCGAAAUUCUUAAAUUGUGGGGAAAAAGAUGUUACAGUGCAUAUUUCUACUUUCAGAUUCUGGAGAGGUGAUGCUAGAGAAACAGUUAACUGGGCAUCGUGUAGACCGAUCCAUAUGUGCUUGGUUUUGGGAUCACGUUAUUUCUCAAGGUGAAUCCUUCAAGUCAAUGCCUGUAAUUGCUUCUCCAACUCAUUAUUUGUUCCAAAUUGUUCGUGAGGGGAUCACCUUUUUAGCUUGCACUCAACUUGAAAUGCCGCCUUUGAUGGGUAUUGAGUUUCUUUGUAGAGUAGCUGAUGUGCUCUCCGAUUAUCUUGGUGGGUUGAAUGAAGAUUUGGUCAAGGAUAACUUUGUCAUCGUCUAUGAGGCUCUUUUGGCGAUGCUUGAUGGUUGGUUGUGUUGGAAUCUGAUCAGUAUUGUUAUUUUUAUUUCUUCAUGUCACUGGCAGCUUUUGGAUGAGAUGAUAGACAAUGGCUUCCCUCUUACUACAGAACCUAAUAUCCUUAGAGAAAUGAUAGCUCCACCAAAUAUUGUUAGCAAAAUGUUGAGUGUUGUGACAGGCAACAGCUCCAAUGUGAGUGAAACCCUUCCAGGUGCAACGGCAUCUUGUGUCCCAUGGAGAACAACAGAUGUGAAAUAUGCUAAUAAUGAAGUUUAUGUUGAUCUUGUUGAAGAAAUGGAUGCAAUCAUAAACAGGGAUGGUGUCUUGGUGAAAUGCGAAAUUUAUGGUGAAGUUCAAGUAAACUCCCUUCUUUCAGGUCUUCCUGAUUUGACUCUUUCUUUUGUGAACCCAUCUAUCUUAGAUGAUGUGAGAUUUCAUCCCUGUGUUCGGUUUCGACCGUGGGAAUCCCAUCAAAUUCUGUCAUUUGUGCCUCCUGAUGGGCAGUUUAAGCUCAUGAGUUACAGGGUUAAAAAGUUGAAAAGCACCCCAAUAUAUGUAAAGCCACAGCUUACCUCUAAUGAUGGAACUUGCCGUAUCAGUGUGAUGAUUGGAAUAAGAAAUGAUCCUGGAAAGACAAUAGACUCUAUAACUCUGCAAUUUCAAUUGCCUCCUUGCGUUCUGUCAGCUGAUCUGACUGCAAAUCAUGGAGAAGUGGAUAUUCUUAGUAAUAAGAUGUGCUCUUGGUCAAUUGGACGGAUUCCGAAAGAUAAAGCCCCUUCAUUGACUGGUACAAUGGUGCUUGAGACAGGAUUGGAGCGUCUUCAUGUAUUUCCCACAUUUCUAGUAGGUUUUAGGAUUAUGGGCAUUGCCCUUUCUGGCCUGCAAAUCGAUAAAUUGGAUCUCAAAAAUGUACCUAAUCGGCUUUACAAAGGUUUUCGAGCUCUUACACGAGCAGGGGAAUAUGGAGUGAGGUCAUGAUAUCAUUUGUAUCAAAAUAAUUUUUCUGUCAAGUUGUGCUACUGACAAAUAUUAUUGUAUUAAUUUUAUGGUGAUGUAUCAUAUGUUGGGUGCAGGAAUUAUUUCAUCCAUGAAGUUGUUGGUGAUUUAGAGCAAAACAUUUUUACCAUCACAAACUAAUUGUACUAUUUUCUUGAAAAAGCAUUAUAAUUGAUGAAUUA